AUGAUUAUUCUCGAACAAUUCAAUCGCGUUGUCGUCGAGCUGCUGGAGCAAAAGUUUGCCAAUGCUAAAGAAGGGGGUAAACAUGACGCGGUCAAUGUGAUUUUUGCCGAUUUCGAUGGUGUUUUGUAUAAAUUAUCGAAUCCAGAUAACGAUCGCAACAAACUUACGCUCAGCAUUGCUUUGAAAUUCUACGCUGAGCUCCAACAGCAUGGCGCCGACGAUCUUCUUCGACGGGUUUACGGGUCUUAUUUGAAACCAACCGCGGAAUCUGGAUUCAAUGUGACGUUGGAAUUCGAUCUGAACAAUCUUCCAACAGACACCAGCGACCUUGUCUCUAAAGCUUCUGCAUUGAAGCGUAACUGCUUUGCAUCGGUGUUUGAGAAAUACUUCGAAUUUCAAGAAGCUGGACAAGAAGGCCAAAAGCGUGCGGUGAUCAAUUAUCGCGAAGAUGAAACAAUGUACAUCGAAGCGAAGGCGGAUCGUGUAACCGUCAUCUUCAGCACCGUCUUCAAGGAUCCAGAUGAUGUAAUCAUCGGAAAAGUGUUCCUUCAGGAAUUCCGAGAGGGUCGAAAAGCAAGCCAAACAGCACCCGCGGUGUUGUAUUCUCUCGGCGAGCCGCCACUUGAGCUCAAAGGUCAGCCAGGAGCUAAAGUAGGAGACAACGUAGGAUAUAUUACAUUUGUUCUGUUUCCUCGCCAUACUAAUAAGAAGACGAGGGACAACACUAUCGAUUUGAUUCAUUCCUUCCGCGAUUACCUCCAUUAUCAUAUUAAGUGCUCCAAGGUUUAUCUCCAUACGAGAAUGCGUGCCAAGACCAACGACUUUUUGAAAGUUUUGAAUCGAGCUCGUCCAGAAAUCAAAGGAGAAAAGAAAACUUUCAGCGGCCGGACUUUCCAAUCGCAAUAA